AUGGCGCAGGAUCACGUCGAUGUUGGAACGGUGCGGAAUCUGAAUCUUGAAGAUGACAUUAAGACGCCAGAACAACUUCCAUCCACGUCGUCCUGGAUCCUGGCAAAUAUGGGGGGAAGGUGUUGGCGUGGUGUUGCGACGCGCUGGAAGAAAGGAACUGAGGGGACGGAGAAAAGGGAGGGAAGAUACGGUGGAGAAUGUCUGUUCAAGUUGGUUCGCAUCUCAUCGAAGUCGACAACAUCCCAUCAAACCCGACCUCCCUCGCAAGACGUAUCCAAGCUCGAGUCUGGGUGGGCCACACCAUGGUAUCGUAUCAGCGAAAACGGGAAAGCUGGAGUAUUGGUUUUGAACGGUCAUGCGAUGGUCUCUGAAGCGGGCAAGCCCUGA